AUAAAAAAUCUGUUCGACGGAUACGACGUCGAUCGAUCCGGAUCGCUGACGCAAAACGAGAUCCAGGCGCUGCUGAAGGACCUCGCGCAGGACGCGGGCCCGGACGCGAUCAAGAAGGCGCUCAAUGACAUGGACCAGAACGGGGACAACGAAGUGAGCAUCAUGGAGUUUAAGCGGUACUUCUUAGGGCCGUGGGCGAAGAUGCAGAUGGCGAAGCAAUUUAAGGACGUCGGCGUGGACGUGAACGGGGAGAUCGACCUGGAGACGUUAAGAAGCGCGCUGAACGCCAUGGGAAGCGCGCCGAACGAUCAGAUUCUCAACGAAAUGUUCGCCAAGGUGGACGCGGGGAAGAGAGGGUCGGUGCCCGUGGCGAAGUUUGUGAGCUGGGCGACGUACCAGAUC